GAGGUGGCGACAAGGGUUGCUGUGUGUGUGUAGGGUAAUGUUGGGUUUGUGGGGGUUCUAGACCUCUGCCAGGCCCAGAGGGCCAAGAGGAGGUAUGUGCGGUGGGCGAGGGGCCUGAUUGCCUCACUUGUACCUCAUUUUCAUGGGAGGAAGCAUUGAGAAAGAAGAGCUGGGUGUGCAGCAAACUUUGCUUAUUCAAACCACCAAAUCCCAGCUGCGCCCAACCCCACCCUCAACACCCACCUCCAGGGUGGUCCCAGCCUCCUCAGCUGUGGGAAGAGACUCCUAUACUUUAGAGCCCACCUCUGUGGAGGUCCCUUCCCCUGGGGAGCUACUUACACCCUCCCCUCAGGCCCAGCUUGGGCAACAGCAUCCCCGGGGGGUCCCCAUAUUGUUCCUUCUCCAGCUCCUCACCUGCAUCUGACCAGAGAUUACUCCUGGGACUGAGGCCCCCAGCUCCAAGGUGACCAGUUCUCAAGACCCGCCCCUCCGUCCUGAACAGCACAUAGAAGGAAGCCCUGAGCAGGAAGUGCUGAGGCACAGGGUGAGGGCGGGGGCUUUGUGGAGGGGAGCCUAACCUCCCUGGGCAGGAGCAGUGACCACAGCCCCCCAUUGAAAGCAGGGGGGAGGAGACUGAUUUAAAAGACAGAUGGGCCUCUGGCCAAAGCAUUCAGCUCUGCCCCCAGCCACUGCCACCCGUGGGCUAAAAGAGUAUCCAGACUUCCGGACCCGCUCGAUCAGGGCGGGUGCCAUAUGAGCCCAGCCUGGCUGGCUCUCCUCCUUCGGGCCUUUCUUCCUUCCCUCCUCCUACCCACGGGUGCCUGUCCAGCCUCUCCAAAGAGGGACGCUUAGCAGCAUGUCUCUGCUCAACCCUGUCCUGCUUCCCGCCAAGGUGAAGGCUUAUCUGAGCCAAGGGGAGCGCUUCAUCAAAUGGGACGAUGAAACCACAAUAGCCUCCCCGGUUAUCCUCCGUGUGGAUCCCAAAGGCUACUACUUAUAUUGGACAUACCAGAGUAAGGAGAUAGAGUUUCUGGAUAUCACCAGCAUCAGGGAUACUCGCUUUGGGAAGUUUGCCAAGAUACCCAAGAGCCAGAAGCUCCGGGAUGUCUUCAACAUGGACUUUCCUGAGAACAACUUCCUGCUAAAGACGCUCACUGUGGUGUCUGGCCCGGACAUGGUGGACCUCACCUUCCACAACUUUGUCUCCUACAAGGAGAACGUGGGCCAGAACUGGGCUGAAGAUGUACUGGCUCUGGUCAAGCACCCGCUGACAGCCAAUGCCUCUCGCAGCACCUUCCUGGACAAAAUCCUGGUAAAGCUCAAGAUGCAGCUCAAUCCCGAAGGGAAGAUUCCUGUGAAGAAUUUUUUCCAGAUGUUUCCUGCUGACCGCAAGCGGGUGGAAGCUGCCCUCAGCUCCUGCCACCUCCCCAAAGGCAAGAAUGAUGCCAUCAAUCCUGAGGACUUCCCAGAAUCCGUCUACAAGAGUUUCCUCAUGAGCCUCUGUCCUCGGCCAGAAAUAGAUGAGAUCUUCACUUCCUACCAUGCCAAGGCCAAGCCCUACAUGACCAAGGAGCACCUGACGAAAUUCAUCAACCAGAAACAGAGGGACUCCCGCCUCAACUCUUUGCUGUUUCCGCCCGCCCGGCCUGACCAAGUGCGGGGCCUCAUCGACAAGUACGAGCCCAGUGCAAUCAACGUGCAGAGGGGCCAGCUGUCACCUGAGGGCAUGGUGUGGUUUCUCUGUGGGCCGGAGAACAGUGUGCUGGCCCAGGACAAGCUGCUACUCUACCAAGACAUGACACAGCCACUCAACCAUUACUUCAUCAACUCCUCACACAACACCUACCUGACAGCUGGCCAGUUCUCUGGCCUUUCCUCGGCAGAGAUGUACCGCCAGGUGCUGCUGGCUGGCUGUCGCUGCGUGGAGCUGGACUGCUGGAAGGGCAGGCCCCCUGACGAAGAGCCCAUCAUCACCCACGGCUUUACCAUGACCACAGACAUCUAUUUCAAGGAAGCAAUUGAAGCCAUUGCAGAAAGUGCUUUUAAGACCUCCCCCUAUCCUGUCAUCCUGUCAUUUGAAAACCAUGUGGACUCACCCCGCCAACAGGCCAAGAUGGCUGAGUAUUGCCGGACGAUGUUUGGGGACAUGCUACUCACAGAGCCCCUGGAAAAGUUCCCACUGAAACCAGGCAUCCCCCUGCCCAGCCCCGAGGAUCUCCGAGGCAAGAUCCUCAUCAAGAACAAAAAGAACCAGUUUUCUGGCCCAGCAUCCCCCAGCAAGGAGCCGGGUGGGGAGGCUGAGGGCGACUGCCCACCCAGUGCCUCUGUGGGUGAGGGCACAGCGUGGGCUGGUGAAGAAGGAACAGAGCCGGAGGAGGAAGAGGUGGAAGAGGAGGAGGAGUCGGGAAGCCUGAAUGAGGAAGAGAUCAAGAAGAUGCAGUCGGACGAGGGCACAGCGGGCCUGGAGGUGACAGCUUAUGAGGAGAUGUCCAGCCUAGUGAAUUACAUUCAACCCACCAAGUUCAUCUCCUUUGAGUUCUCUGCCCAGAAGAACCGAAGUUAUGUCAUCUCCUCCUUCACAGAGCUCAAGGCUUACGACCUGCUCUCCAAGGCCUCAGUGCAGUUUGUGGACUACAACAAGCGCCAGAUGAGCCGCAUUUACCCUAAGGGCACCCGCAUGGACUCCUCCAACUACAUGCCCCAGAUGUUCUGGAAUGCUGGUUGCCAGAUGGUUGCCCUCAACUUCCAGACGAUGGACCUGCCCAUGCAGCAGAACAUGGCGCUGUUUGAGUUCAAUGGGCAGAGUGGCUACCUCCUCAAGCAUGAGUUCAUGCGCCGGCCAGACAAGCAGUUCAACCCCUUCUCAGUGGACCGCAUCGAUGUGGUGGUAGCCACCACCCUCUCCAUUACGGUGAUCUCUGGGCAGUUCCUGUCAGAACGCAGUGUGCGCACCUAUGUCGAAGUGGAGCUGUUUGGCCUUCCUGGGGACCCCAAGAGGCGCUAUCGCACCAAGCUGUCACCCAGUGCCAACUCUAUCAAUCCUGUCUGGAAGGAGGAGCCCUUUGUCUUUGAGAAGAUCUUGAUGCCUGAGCUGGCCUCCCUCAGGGUGGCUGUAAUGGAGGAAGGCAACAGAUUUCUUGGACACCGCAUCAUCCCCAUUAAUGCCCUGAAUUCUGGCUACCACCAUCUGUGCCUGCACAGCGAGAGCAACAUGCCCCUUACCAUGCCUGCGCUUUUUGUCUUCCUGGAGAUGAAGGACUAUGUACCUGACACCUGGGCAGAUCUCACCGUGGCUCUUGCCAAUCCCAUCAAGUUCUUCAGUGCCCACGAUAAGAAGUCUGUGAAGCUCAAGGAAGCCAUAGGAGGUCUGCCUGAGAAACCCUUCCCACCGGGGAGUCUGGUCGCCGGCCACGUCAAUGGGGCACUGGCCCCACUGAGCAACGGGUCUGCAGCCCACGCUGUGGCUCUUGCAGCAGCCGGGGCCAGGGCCAGGGAGGAGGCCGUGAAAGAAGCUGCGGAGCCACGGACGGCCAGCCUGGAGGAGCUGCGGGAGCUGAAGGGCGUCGUGAAGCUGCAGCGGCGGCACGAGAAGGAGCUGCGGGACCUGGAGCGGCGCGGCGCGCGGCGCUGGGAGGAGCUGCUGCAGAGGGGCGCGGCGCAGCUGGCCGAGCUGGGGCCGCCGGGACCGGGGGGCUGCGGGGGCCGCAGGCUCGGCGCGAGCAAGGGCUCCCGCAAGAAGAGGACCCCGCUCUGCGAGGAGGCCGCCGGGGCCGCGCCGAGCGAGGGCCGCGAGGGCCCCGAGGGCGCGGACGCUCGCGCGAGGGAGCUGAAGGACCGCCUGGAGCUGGAGCUGCUGCAGCAGGGCGAGGAGCGGUACGAGUGCAUCCUGAAGCGCAAGGAGCAGCACGUGGCCGAGCAAAUCGCCAAGAUGAUGGAGCUGGCCAGAGAGAAGCAGGCUGUGGAGCUGAAGACCCUCAAGGAGACCUUGGAGACUGAUACCAAAGAGAUGAAGAAAAAGCUGGAGGCCAAGAGGAUAGAGCGGAUCCAGGCCAUGGUCAAAGUCACCUCGGACAAGAUGGCUCAAGAAAGGCUGAAGAGAGAGAUUAACAACUCUCACAUUCAGGAGGUGGUGCAAGCCAUCAAGCAGAUGACAGAGAACCUGGAGAAGCACCAGGAGAAGCUGGAGGAGAAGCAGGCAGCUUGCCUGGAGCAGAUCCGGGAGAUGGAAAAGCAGUUCCAGCAGGAGGCACUGGCAGAGUACGAGGCCAAGAUGAAGGGCUUGGAGGCCGAGGUGAAGGAGUCAGUGAGGACCUGCCUCAGGGACUGCUUCCCCUCUGAGGCCAAGGACAAGCCUGAGAGGUCCUUUGGGGCCUUCAAGGAGCUGUGUGAGCAGGACCCACUCACAGCAAAGGCAGAUGCCCAGGAGAGUCGCCUCUGAUGCCCCCAUCCCACUGGGACAUUCUGUAAGGACAUUCGCUCUUCUCUGGGAUGUGGCUCCAUCCCCCUGGGAGGAAAGGCCCCCGCAUUCUAAGGCUGUUGGAAGCUGGGGCUCCCUUGGACUCUGGAGCCCCCUACUGCAGCUAAGCUGGAGGAGGAGGCAGGAACCUGGUACCAUCAGGGCAGGGGCCUGUCUGGGUUUAGAGGCCCUCUCCAGUCGGACUUCCUGCUCUUCAUCCCUCACUUCUUCCUCUGAAUGAGUGUCACAGAUUCGUUGAGGGCACAAGAAUAUGGACUGGGAGGCAGGAAAUGGGGUCCUGGCCCCACUCCACCUUUCCUAGUGAGCAACCAUUGGUGCCCCACUCCGGACUCACUGUUCUCACCUGGAGGGUUAGGUCUGGCCACCUGGAACCUCCACUCUAGAACCUCUAGUUCAAGCAGGACCAAACUCCAAACCCUGCUGCUGUGAGGCCCCAUCUCAGACCUGUCCUGAGUUGGCCUCCUUGUCAGCUCCCUGAUGUGGAACCUGGCACUACCUCCAAGCUCCCUGGGGACAGCUGCUUCCGGGAUCCCAGGCUGAGGUCCCUUCCCUGGCCUCCUGCCUGUGGGGGACGGAAGGCUGACAUGGAAAAGCUGCCUCAGAUGUCUGGUCUCUGAGACACUGGGCCUCUGGCUCGCAGGGAGGGGCCAAGGAAGGCCUUUGGGACACUCUUCUAGGCCUGGGGGUGGGGGGUGGUUACUUCCUAGUAUGCACCCCCACGCAGGCUGCCUGACAAGGUCAGUAUCAUUUUCUCUCCUGCCUUUAUGAGAUUUAUUUAUUUUUUCCCCUUCUUACUGCUACUGAAAAGAACCCUGUCCCAAUA